CCCCCCCCCCCCCCCCCCCCCCCCCCCCCCCCUCCCCCCCCCCCCCCCCGUGGUGAUGCUCCCCCAGCAGGGCAAGAUGGUUGGCGGUGGUGGCGGGGCGUCCUCUGGGACUGGCAGCGGCAGUGGAGGAGGCAGCGGCACCGGUGGCGGGCCUCCCUCCGGAGGUCCCCCCCCCUCCGGCGGGUCAUCCAUCAUGGGGCACCUGCCCCUGUCUCGGGGCCACGGCCCGCCUGGGGCUCCUGGCGGCCCGCCGCCUCACUUGCCCGGCAUGGUGCAUCCCAUGAUGCCCAUGUCGCCGGGGGCCCCGCCUGGCGGACCACCACCUGGUGCCUACAUGUCAGGCAUGAUGGUGGGGGCCCCCCAUGCCCACCCUCACUCGUCGCGACCGAUGAUGCACCAACCGCCGCCAUCGGGGCCACCUGCCCCUGGCUCGGGCCCCGGCGGGCCGGGCUCUUCCCCGGCCCCGCCACUCAUGCACCUCGGCCACCGGGCGCCGAGCGCGCACGGCUCCGCGGCCGGGGGCUUCCGCUCGGGCAUGGUGCACUUCCCGCCACCCGGGACAGCCGGAGGCCCCGUUCUGUCCGGCAACCAGCUGCACGGCCUUCAUGUGUCGUCCCCGCCGCCGCCGUCGCCACCGCCGCCCCUCGGCGGGCCGACACUGUCCCUCAGUGGCGCGGGGCCCUCCGCCACCGGUGCCGGCUCCUCCUCGCCGCUCUCGCCACCGCCCGGCCUAGGGGGCUCGCGGGGCCGGUCGAACUCCUUCUCCAUGGGCGGUGAGGGUGUUCUCUCUCCGGGCCGCCGGCCUUCCUUCGAUCGGCCACUAUCGCCUCGGAUGCAUUCCACCGGGCUGCCCGGGCCGGGUCCGGGUCCGGUUCCGGGGACUCUGCUGGCUGGGCGUCGGCCCUCGGGCGGCCCUCCCACCGGCGCCGGGCAGGCGGUGCCGCCCUUCGGCGCGCCGAUGUCGCCUCUCGGCACGCCAUUGGCCCUGGGACAUCCUCCGCCUGGGGGAUCGCCGCCUCUUGCGUCGCUGGGCGCGCCCGGGUCCCUCGGUGGCGCUGGCAGCGGUGGCGGCGGCCGAUCCAGCAUGGGCACCGGUCGCAGCCGAAGCCCGGAAGACCGCUCCGGGCCCGGAAGACGGCCCUCCCUAUCGAUGGGCACCAAUGAGGCGGAUAUGGAUCAUCAUGCAUCUCGGCCAGGUCCCUUCUCCCCCGGGGGCGGCCCAUCGCUCGGGCGCCGGCCUUCUACCUCGGAGCCAGAUGUCCCCGGACGCCGGGAUCUGAGCCCGCUCCCGGGCCGGCCAUCCGCCGAGUCUGAGGAGCAGUCCCUGUCACGCGCUCGAAGCCGUUCACCAGGCUCCACGCAGGCGCUCGAUGGUGGAUCUUAUGCCAUGCCGGUGCGGCGCGGCCCCGCCGGGCGAUCGGGCGCAUCCUCCAUGCGCACGCCGGCCGCUGGCGGGCGCGAUGACCGCAGCCGGAGCCGCUCGCACAGCCGGUCUCGCAGCCGGUCUCGCAGCCGGAGUCGCGGCCGCGGCCGGCGCCCGCUCCUCUCACACCGCAGCCGAAGCCGCAGCCGCAGCGACAGUCGCAGCCGGAGUCGCAGCCGGAGUCCCAGUCACCAUGGGCGCAUUCCGCGGCGACUCGCCACUGGCCGAGGGGGUCGUGGUCGCGGCCGGAGCCGGUCCGCCUCACCGCCCCAUCGGAGUCGCAGUGAUAGUGUCAGCCGCGGCGGCCGGGGCUUCAGCCGGAGCCGGAGCCGGAGCCGGAGCCGGAGCCGGAGCUUCAGCCCUCGGCGCGAUCGGAAUCGCAUGCGCGGCCGCCUGGCCGACCGUGGCCGCAGCCGCAGCCGUAGCUUCAGCCGGAGUCGCAGCCGGAGCCGGAGCCUGGGUCGCUUGCGCAGUCGAAGCCGGAGCUUCAGCCGGAGCCGGAAUCGCAGCGUCAGCCGGAGCCGGAGCCGGAGCCGGAGCCGGAGUCGAGGCCGUGGCGGCGGCGGCGGCGGUGCCGGCGGUGCCGGGGCUGGUGGCUACGAUCGGCCUGGGCCAUCUGGCGCUGGUCGGUCUCGGGGCCACUCUCCCUCUCGCCGGCGGUAUUACUCUUCGCCCCGGCGACCGGCCCCAUCGCCUCGGUCGCGCUCGCCAUAUGCCUCAGGCCGCUGGCCCGGGCCUGGGCGAUCGCCAAUGUACAUGGGCCGACUUGGUCCCUUCGAUCGGCCGGCCCUGGAUCGCCACCGGAGUCGAAGCCGGAGCCGGAGCCGGAGCCGGAGCCGGAGCCGGAGCCCUGGGCGCGGCCGUCUCAUGAGCCGGAGCCGGAGCCGGAGCCGGAGCCGGAGUCUUGGCCACGGGCGUGACCGCAGCCGUAGUCGCAGCCGUAGCCUUGGUCGGAGCCCUGGCCGGAGCCGGAGCCGGAGCCGGAGCCGUAGCCGGAGCCGGAGCCCUGUUCGGAGUCGCAGUCGCAGCCACAGCCGCAGUCACAGCCCGAGUAUGGUCCGGGCGCGUGGCGGGCCGAAUCUCAGCCCCAGUCGGGGCCGGUCUCAAAGCCGGAGCCCAGGCCGGGCCCGCGAUCAGAGCCGAGGCCCGGGCCACGGGUCAGAGGGCCUCUCCCUGCAGGCGGAUCCCUCGGCCGUGGCAGCAGUGCCCAGCCUGACUUCCGGCCCGGCGGCUGCCACCCCGGCCAGCAGCUCGCCCGAUCGCUCGGCCCCCCUGGCCACGGAUCCGGCCAAGCUGGCCACCUUGCGCUUGUCCAGUGAGGUGGAUCCCCCUUCCGGUAACCCUGCUGCGCCGGUGCCUGAUGGUGCCAUCCGGCACCCGGCGCCGGCUGCCGAGGCGGCCAAGCUGGCGCUAUCCCCUUCGUCGCCGGCUCUGACUACGGCCAUGCCCCCGGCCGCCGUUGUCACUGCUGCCUCCGCCACCGCCACCGCCACCGUUGCCGGUGCUCCUGCUCCUGUUGCUGCUGCGGAUGAGGCACCCGUCGACAUGGCAGUGGACCAGCCUCGGCGUCUGCGGUCGCGAUCGCGGUCGCGCUCACCCGACUCGAUGGACGCCUCUGGCCCGCCGCACAACAAGCCGGCUCCGGACACCCCCGCAGCUGCUGCUCCUGGUGGUGGCAGUGCUGGCCGCGGGCCGGCCUUCUCCGGCAGCGAUGCCGAUGAUGACAGCGACCAUGAGUCCACCGAGCUCAAGGCCGACCAGCCCCCGCCCCAGGCAUCGUCCCUUGGGCGUCUUCGCCGGGUGGCAGAUCCGGGUGCGGCGGUGCCGGAUGUUCCGCCGACUGCGCCUCCCUCCCCGCCGCAGGUGCAGCGCAUGUCCAUGUCAGUCGAUAGCGACAGCAGUCGAAGUGGGUUCAGCUCGGACUCUUCGGACGCGUCGGACUCCUCCUCGGCGGCGUCGAUGGCCGGUCGACGGGAUGGCUCGCCGGCGCGAAGCCGGCCCGGCCAGCCGGCCCGGCCGGCGCCGCGCACCCGACCCACCCACAUGUCCAGCUCUUCGGAUUCGGACACGCGGUCGCCCAGCCGGCUGCCAGCCCGCCGGUCAACUCCGCUUCUCCGGGCCAAGCACCGGCCCGCCGGCCCUCCCUCUCCGCGGGCUCUUUUCUCUUCGGAGAGCGAGGUGCCCAGCGCCAUGGCCAAGCUCGACGACCACCUGGCACUGGUGUCGGACUUCUCCUCGCUCAGCUCCCUGACCGAGAGCAGCCUCAGCGAGUCGGACAUCAGCGGCUUGAGCUCCCUGAGCGCCUAUAACUCGGGCUCGGAGUCUGCAUCCGAGAAGGAGGAAGCCACGGCUGAGCAUGCUGACAGGGGCAGUGGCGUGGCGACCGUCAGCUCGACGGCGGCCGGCGCUCCGGAGCCCGGGGCCGCCGGGGCAAUUGUCACCGCGGCAGCUGGAGUUGCCUCGGCCGGCUCGCCGGCUGUCUCGAGCAUGGCAUCGUCGUUGUCGCCAGCCUCUCUGGCAGCCCCGGACCGGGCCGAGACCGGCAAGGAUGGCGCGAAGGGGGGAGAAGAAGAAGAGGACGAGGAUCUCCUCCGAUCAGAUGACGAGGGGUCCUCGCCGGAGCCAGCCAACCAGCGGCUCCGCCGGUUGUCCAUCACCCUCGACCAGCAGCAGGCACGCGAGCUGAGCAAGGCGUACAGCCGAGGUGCCUCCGGCCCGGCGAGCGGCGAAGGUCUGAUUCGACGGGGCUCCCCCGUGCCGGGGGUCGGCACGCCUGGGCGACCGGCUCGCCGUUCGAGCACCUCCGGCCUCCCGCGUCGCUCCGGGCUUGACCUUGGCCGUGAGGCGGCCGCUCUGGCGCGGUACCUGCCCGGGGUGGCCCCCUGGCCUGAGAGCCCGGUGAUGCUGGAUCGGGCGACCCCGCAAUCGCGAGACGCCGACGGCCGGACCCAGCUUCACCUGGCGGCUUAUCACCGGCAAUUGCUGGCUGCGAGCACGCUGCUCGGUCAGGGCGCCGAUGUGAAUGCGCGCGAUGCGGCUGGCUGGACGCCGGUUCACGCGGCCGCCCUGCGCGGCCACAUCUCGGCCAUCAUCUUGCUCUAUGAUGCUGGGGCCGAUCUCAAUGCCCAAACGGACGAUGGUCAGACGGCGUUGCACAUGGCCUCGCUUGGUGGUCACCGGCCGGCCUUCUUGUUGCUGGUUCGUUUGGGCGCCACGAUUCGGGAAAACGCCCAGCGGCAAACGCCCCAGCAGUGUUGCCCCCCGAACCUGGAUGGCUUCAUGCACGAGUUCUCCAAAGACCUGCAGCUUGUUCAGGAAACCCUGCCCCAGGGGCAAACACAUCUUCAUCGUGUGGCGGCUGAUGGCGACACGACGGCCGUUCGACGGGCCCUCAAUGCCGGGGCGGCCAUCGACCAGCCAGAUGACAGUGGCCGGACGCCGCUCUUCGAGGCAAUUCUUGGCGACCACACAGAUGUCGGGUCCCUCUUGUUGCACUACGGGGCGGAUCCCAAUGUUCGCGGGCCCCAUCGCGUGGCUCCCCUGCAUGAGGCCGCCGAGCGGGGCCAAUUUGCUGCCGUGGCCUUGCUUCUGGUCUUCGGGGCAGAUGUUCACGCCCGGACCGACCGCCAGCAAACGCCGCUGGAUCUCCUGUCGCGAGAUCGCAUGUCCGCCGGGGACUUCCGUCGGACUAGCCGGCUGCUGGAGGCCCAGGCCCGGCACUCACCGGCCGGGGCGGUGUCCACCCCCCCAGCUGGGCGUCUUGGGCCCGGACGGCUGAAUAGCGCCGGAUUCGCGCACAUUUCCCCCGACGCGGCCUCGGAGGUGUAUUCCGUGGCACAGACCCUGUUAGAUGGCAAGUUGCUCGGGCCCGAGGCGGUGACUCAGCCAUCGAGAGCAGCCGAUGUAACCAGCCCGGAUAUCGCGGGCGCCUCUGGGCCCGGCUCGCCGCGAUCCUCGGUCCCAAUGUCGCCAGUGGCGCCGAAGCCCAGCCUCUGCACGCAGUGUGAUCAGCGGCCGGCCUGUCUGUGUUCAACUUGCGCGGCGGCGUCCCUCUCCCUCCCAGCGAAUGGGACAUUGCUGCAUGACAUGCAGGCACCGCUGGAAGCCCUGGGCCCGGUGCAGCCCCUUCGCGAGGCCCGAUUCCCGGGCAGCGAAGAGCGCUUCUUCUUCGCGGCCGACCUAGCCCGGGCCCUGGGGCUGGAGCCCGGCUCGCCCGAUGGGGGCACAAGCCUGCACUCGGAGCUGGCUGGUCUACUUGGACCCGGGGCCGCGGGCGGGGUCCGUUGCCUGUCGGAGGCCGAGGCCACGGCUCUCAGUGCCCGUGGCCAGACCGAUGUCCGGAUCGCCUGGCCUCUCGACCAGGCCCCCAGCACCGGCGGCGCGUCGGCAUUGUCCGUCGUGCUGGUACAGCGUGAGGCCGCCCUGGCCCUGCUGCUGCCGAGUUGGCCGGAUGCUGGCGGGAGCCCGGCCUUGCGACUGAUUCGCCAGGCGGCCGGGUCGGGUGACGACGUGUCGCCACUCGGGUGCUUGGCUCGGUUGGCUUGGGUCACUUCGAUCCUCCGGGCAUCCGUGCCAGCGGCAGGUGGGUCGCCCGCCGGGGCUGGUACUCUGACAAUCUCGGUCGACCCGUGGCCCGGGUCGCAGGAGGCACUGGCGCGCAUGGCGACCGCCGGUGCCGGCCGCCGGGCUGGCCGGCCAACGGGCGCCGGCCCGCCCAAGCUCGCCCUCAAGUGGAGCAAGUACCGGCACUUCUGCACGACGGCAGCAGCGGCGGCGGUCCCCACGCCGGUGCUCCCAUCGAGGUCGGACUGAUCUCGCUCUCUCUCUCUCUCUCUC